CUUCCGCACAGUCGGGGGUCGGAGGCGCGCAUGCGGCGAACAAGCUCACGCCAGUACAGAAAAAAAGUUGCUCCGAGGACUGACUGAGUGUUGGAGGGAAGACAACACCUCCGAUAGUGUCAGUGGACGUCGUUUUCGCCGGCUCCCAGGGCGGUGUGUGACUGCAGGCGAAAAACAAGUAUCUCCACUGACUGACCGACGGGAGACCCAGGGUCACAAAACGAACCCAUCGUCUCCGCGGCAGUCGGUGGGAGAAGAGUGACAGUAACGCAGGAGCCAAACCGCUAAGCUGAAAUGGCGACAGCAAUAUACUUGGAGCAUUUUCUCGACAGUAUAGAAAAUCUACCAUGUGAGCUACAAAGAAACUUCACAUUGAUGCGGGAUCUGGAUAACAGGACUGAAGAAAAGAAAGGAGAAAUUAACAAACUUGCUGAAGAGUACCUAGUGAAUGUGAAAAACCUUGCUUCGGAGCAGCGAGUGGAGCACCUGCAGAAGAUUCAGAAUGCCUACAGCAAGUGUAAAGAGUUCAGCGAUGACAAAGUCCAGCUGGCAAUGCAGACCUAUGAAAUGGUAGAUAAACAUAUCCGCAGGCUGGAUGCAGAUCUCGCACGAUUUGAGAAUGAACUCAAGGAGAAACUGGAAGGGAGUGGCUAUGAAAGCGCAGAUGGAAGGGUAUUGAAAAAAGGCGAUGUACGGGGUUUAAAAGAGAAGCGUGGAUCCCGGCGGCGAGGAAGAAAAAGUUCUGAUGAAGUUACUCACAAAAAGAAAAAGACAAAAAAUAGCCCUGACUUGAGUGACGCUCUCCUGCCUAUGCAACCAUCAGAUGUUUUGGACAUGCCGGUUGAUCCCAACGAGCCUACUUACUGUCUGUGUCAUCAGGUGUCUUAUGGCGAGAUGAUUGGAUGUGAUAACCCAGAUUGUCCCAUUGAAUGGUUCCACUUUGCAUGUGUUGAUCUUGCUACAAAACCCAAAGGGAAAUGGUUUUGUCCACGAUGCACCCAAGACAGGAAGAAAAAAUGAGAUUUAUAACUUUCAGAAAUGCGGAAUGUAUGUAUUUUUUAUGCAUACACGUGUCUUUUGAUAGUGUAAUAUUUACAUACAUAUUUCAGUUAUUAUAACUCUCCAUAGAGAUAGUGCGUACAUGCAGCUUUCUUUAAAGGCCCAGUUCAGAUUUGGGGUUUUAAUACUUGUGACACCAUUGUCUCCCUUUUUAUGGCUCUGUCCAGUAACUUUCAAAUCAUCGUUUUGUCGUUUAUCUCCUUUUGGUUAGCUGGUUUUGGUGGGAGAGUUUCACAAGCUAUUACCAAUCAGAUAGUCCUGUCUUUAUCGCUACUGUUUGUGUUUUUAAGCUAAGAAGUCCCAGAAUGUGGCUUUAGCAUACUUGAAGAUGAGUUUUCUAAGUAAUUAUUUUUUAAACCAAUUACCAGCCUGCUGAGAAUUUAUGAUUUAAACACCUAAAUCCUUACCAAAAUGGACAUGGUGAAUGGAGUUAUGUGUCAGAUUAUCUGUUACUACCUCUGUAGGAGUUACAUCAGCACUGAUAAAUGACUGCAAUUGAUACCCAUGUAAAACAAACUGGUUUUGACCCAAAGUCUAAAGCAAUGUCAAUUACUCUUUGAGCUUUUAAAAUAGCCUGCGACAAUUUUGAAUGUAUUGUGGUACUAAUGGUCAGUCAGUCAGUGUCUUUUAAUCAGUUGAAUGAGGUAUUUAUGCACUUUGGAU